GCAGCCAGAAGGCUAUGAUAGCCAAAGAUAUGAAGGAGAGCGAGCAACGGAAGAUGCAAGCAGAAGGCGAAAGUCAAGGAGGGACGUCGUCAGCAUCACAGGGCACUUCAGCAUCAGGCAUCAAGGUCAGCCAAUCGCGAUCACUGGGACAAAAGGCCAUAGACUUCCUGAUGGAGAAGACUAAAAUCAAGUCACCGGUCAAAAUCUCGAAGGAGAUUGUGAAGGGACAGGAGGGCAAAGAGGAGGAGGUCGAUGUGUGGGAAUAUCCAGAACAAGACUUACAGACACUAGAUGAACUCUACGCACGACAUGCAGUACUGUUCAACUUCUCAAGCAAGAAUCAGGAUCUAUCUCUCAAUGACAAAAGGCAAUGGGUCCUGGAGAGGCUCAGGGGUCUCGAGCACAUCCCGGGCAUGGAACCGGAGGUUUCAUACCACAAACGGGGCAGAUUCACGCUGCGACAAUCAAUGUUGGUCCAAUCGGACAACAAACUAGGGGUUUGGUUCAUCAACUGGUCGCACUAUCGGGGCUGGAUCUUCGACGAUAACUUGGAUAUUCCGCGGUGGGUGUGGGUGUUGCGCAGCACUCCGACAGUGAAGUCGGACAUCUAUCCCCCUUACGACAGUCGAUGGAGACAAACGGGAUCCAAACGGAUGGAGGAGAAGGACGUGGGCUACCUAACCAAGCCCAUGAUAGAUGAUUCCAUCUUGCUGGACGACAAGCAGCGCGUUCAAACCAUGUCGGAGCUGCACAAGCUGGUACAGACAGCGGAACUGGCCUUCCUGGAAAACAAAAGAGAUCGAGAGGAGGCUCAAAAGUCUACAGUCGCAGGAAGAUGGGAUGAUAAGAUGGACUGCGAAGGGUUGGAAAGCAAGAGCAGUAAUCAGAACAAGGAUGCAACGGGGGAAAACACGAAGGGAAACGCUAGUGACAAGUCCACUCGGGAGGAAGUGAAAGGGGGUGAUUCAACAACCUCCCUUAAGCGAAAAGUCAGCGAUAGGGAGUCGAGGCAAGGAGACAGUCUAAGUCAAGGGACCAAGCGCACACAAUCUGGGACGGGAUCAGGAGAAGCUCCUUCACAGGCCGAAGAAGAUAAAAAAAUGGAAACGGAGGAAGAAGGACAAGGAGAUCACAAACCCUCUAGGGAGGAAAUGGACAUCUCAGAUCCACCAGCAGACACGCCAACCUCGCCCUCUACAGCCCAUCAGCAAGGAUACAGCGACACCGCAGGACGAAGCAACUCCACGUCGAGCCAAUCCAGCCAAUCCACCCGAAGGAGAACAACGAAGACCGUAGGAGAGGCAGUAGAAGGGGCAAAGGAGAUAGCAGAGGACUCAGGCGCAGAUUCCGAUAGCGAUGGGGACAGUGGGGAUGAAAAUUGGGAAGACGAGGAGGAGGAAGAAGAACCGGAGACCUUAGUCCAGUGGAUCAGGACGGUCCACAAACUCCAAUGGGAAAGGCAUAUCGAAUGUGAGAUCCGCUUGGCCCAUCACAAGCACCUGCACAACCUAAAGCAAGCCACAGCCACAGGGGAGGACAUCACAACAGCAAACCGCUUCGAAAGACUGAAGAAAGAGUAGGAAGUCAAUGAUUUCUACGCAACUCGGUAUGGAUAGAAGGCCCGACCAGAGAACAAUGACAUCACAGUACACAACUCAGGCUAUGCCAAACAGUUCAUAUGGCCAAAGACUUACCAGCCACAAGGAUUAAAGAGAUCAGAUCAGAAGCGCAAAGCGCAGCAAGAACCAGCGGAGCGGGCGAACAGUAGUGCUCAUGAAUCAGUGGAUUCCCCACAAGCAAGAGGUGAAGAAGAGAAGAUGGAGGAGGAGAAGCGACAGGCAGAUAUUCUAGAAGCCCAAAUCAAUGUUCUCAAGGAUC